AAGUUCAAGGCUGGCGCUGUGUCCUUUAGCCGCUGCUGCUGCUUCUGGGCCCCGCACGGAGUAAGAGCCCGGGAGACUUCAGCGGCCAGGCGAACGUUAGCCCACGCCCAAGGCGAGCUAACCACGCUUCCUCUCCCGCUCCCCGCCUCGGAGUGACGACCUGGUUGGGACGCGGGGGCCGAUGUACGAUAAGGGCCGCCUCAAAACGAGAGGACCGAGGGGCGGAGCUAACCAGGAGUUCGGCCCCGCCCUUCCCCCGAGCGCGUGCGCACUCCUCAGUCCCGGGUGACUCCAGCCGGAGUUGACGUUAGUUUUGGAAACGGGGUGCGGGCUGGGACUGGAGCUGCUUGUGCUGGUUGCUGGACCGCUGCAGUUUCUCUUCAGCCGCGUUCGUUCCACAGCUAGCCUCCCGGCGGGAGCGCCCACCCCGGCUCUACUUGCAAAAAUGCAGUCCCCGGGAUGCCUUUGCAUCGCCUUUUCCCUGGGGUGAGUCGAGAGACUGCUGUGUUACUGAAAAGGAUGUGACUUUCAGAAUAAUCCUGAAUGACAAGGAUGAGUCCAGAUGUGCCUCUGCUGAAUGAUUACAAACAGGACUUCUUUCUGAAGCGUUUUCCACAGACGGUUCUUGGAGGCCCUCGACUCAAAUUAGGCUAUUGUGCCCCUUCUUACAUAUAUGUUAAUCAAAUUAUCCUUUUUCUGAUGCCAUGGGUUUUAGGUGGAACAGGAACACUUCUGUACCAGUUAGGCAUCCUGGAAGACUAUUAUGCUGCAGCACUUUCAGGUGGACUAAUGCUUCUCACUGCAUUUGUCAUCCAGUUCACAAGUUUAUAUGCCAGAAACAAAUCAGUGACAGUAGAAAGGAUACUAACCACAGAUAUCUUAGCAGAAGAGGAUGAGCAUGAAUUUACAAGUUGUGCUGGUGUUGAGACUAUCAAAUUUCUGAUUCCUGGCAAGAAAUAUAUAGCCAAUAUGGUCUUUCAUUGUGUUCUUGCUGGGUUAUUGUGUGGUCUUGGAACAUGGUACCUACUUCCAAACAGAAUAACCUUGCUGUAUGGCAAUUUGGGAGGCACUGUGCUACUAUUUUUCUUUGGAUGGAUGACAUUAUGUAUAGGAGAAUAUUCAUUAAUUGUAAACACAGCUACAGAGACUGCAACUUUCCAAACUCAGGAUACUUAUGAAAUCACUCCGCUUAUGAGGCCUCUUUAUAUUUUUUUUUUUGUCUCCGUGGACCUAACACACAGGUUUAUGGUAAAUAUACCAGCUCUGGAACAAAUGAAUCAGAUUUUACAUAUCUUAUUUAUAUUUUUACCCUUUCUCUGGGCACUGGGUACUUUACCCCCACCAGAUGCAUUUUUCUUAUGGGCGAUGGAACAAGUUUUAGAGUUUGGCCUUGGAGGCUCACCCAUGUCAACGCACCUACGGUUAUUAGUGAUGUUCAUCAUUUCUGCUGGAACAUCUUUCACAUCAUAUUUCAUUCCCAGCACUGUUGGUGUGGUUCUUUUCAUGACUGGACUUGGGUUCUUACUGAGUCUUAACCUAAGUGAGAUGGCUUUUGUCUUCAAACACAAUGUGACCAGACAUAGAGUUGGAACCAAAUCUAAUGCUUUAUCAAGUCAUUCAGAAAAACAGUUUACAUGGAAGGAAUGUCUUUUCUACAUCAUUAUAUUAGUUUUGGCUCUCUUAGAGGCUAGUUUGCUGCAUUACUUUGCUGGUUUCUCACAGAUUUCCAAAAGCAGUCCACAGGCAAUUGUUGGCUAUAUUUUGAUGAUAUUACUUAUAAUACUGUGGAUACUUGGAGAAAUUCAAAGUGUCUUUAUCUUUGGAAUUAUCCGAAACCCUUUCUAUCCAAAGGAUGUGCAAACUGUGACAGUAUUCUUAGAGAAGCAAACAAGGCUCAUGAAGAUUGGUGUUGUCAGACGGAUUUUGCUAACUCUAGUAUCACCUUUUGCUUUGAUAGCAUUUCUUUCACUGGACAGUUCCUUACAAGGGCUCCACUCCGUGUCAGUCUCCAUUGGAUUCACUAGAGCUUUUAGACUGGUGUGGCAGAAUACAGAAAAUGCUUUAUUGGAGACAGUCAUUGUGUCAGUAGUGCAGUUGUUGAUCUUCGGUACAGACUUAUGGUGGAAUAGAAGCCUGGAUACAGGAAUCAGACUCUUACUGGUUGGUCUCAUUCGUGAUCGCCUGAUUCAGUUCAUCUCUAAAUUGAAGUUUGCUGUGACUCUACUUUGGGUCUCAUGGAUGGAGAAAAAACAACGUCGAAAAUCAACUACCACUUUAUGUCUUCUCAACAUUGUCUUCUCUCCGUUUGUGUUGCUCUUCAUAGUUUUUUCUACACUACUGUCUUCUCCCUUAUUCCCACUCUUCACCCUACCUGUGUUCUUGGUGGGGUUUCCUCGACCUACUCGGAGUUGGCCAGGAGUAGUAGGCAGUGCAGCCUGUGUCUGCGCAGAUAGUGUGUACUACUACCAAAUGGUCCCAAGUUUGGCUGUGGCACUGCAGUCUGCAAUGACAGCUGGAAGUUUAGGUCUCAUCUUACCUGGGUCUCAUUUCUUAGGCCGUUUUCAGGAUCGUUUAAUAUGGAUAAUCAUUCUAGAACGUGGCUGUACUUACUGCUGUAUCAACAUUAAGGGGUUAGAAUUGCAGGAGACAUCCUGUCAUACUGCUGAAGCUCGAAGAGUUGAUGAAGUUUUUGAAGGUGCCUUUGAGCAAGAAGAAUACAGAAGAAUAUGUUCCUUUAAUGAACACUUUGGAAAUAUCUUAACACCCUGUACUGUUUUGCCUGUGAAACUAUAUUCUGAUGCCAGGAAUGUACUGUCUGGCAUAAUUGAUUCUCAUGAAAACUUAAAAGAAUUUAAAGGUGACCUUGUGAAAGUACUUGUAUGGCUACUUGUUCGGUACUGCUCCAAAAGGCCCAGCAAGCAGAAUGUUCAUAAAACUGAUAAUAAAGGGAAACCAUCUCUAAUAAUCACUCCUGCUUUGAAUACUUCACCACAACCCCAAUGCCCAGAAGACACAGAUAGUUUAAAUUCAGAAACUUUUGAAGACUGGUCUGAUGAUAAUAUUUUUGAUGAUGAGCCAACCAUAAAAAAAGGAAAAGAAGAAAAAGAUCAGUUGAAAGUUUUCCCAGCUACAAACUUGCCUAUUCCGGGAUCGGUAGAAUCUCAGAGGGUUGGUGAACAGUCUACAGGCGCAGUUCCUGAAAAUAGUCUUUAUGAAGCUGUUAUAUUGGGAUACCCUGCUAUUGACAAAGGUAAACAAGAAGGCAUGGCAUAUAUCCCUCUCAUGGAGUUGGGUUGCUCACAUUCUCACUUAUUAAGCAUACCUGCAGAGUGGGGGUCUAACUGUUUGCCUAAUUCCAAAAUAAAGGAGAUGAGCUCAUUAUUUCCAGAAGACUGGUACCAAUUUGUUUUAAGGCAGUUGGAAUGUUUUCAUUCAGAAGAAAAGGCCUCAGGUGUACUGGAAGAAAUUGCAAAUGACAAAGUUUUAAAAGACUUUUAUGUUCAUACAGUAAUGACUUGUUACUUCAGUUUGCUUGGAACAGAUAAUAUGACUCCUAGUCCUGGUUAUAUAUUGAGAGUUUACAAUAGUGUUUUGCCUUGGUCUGUUGCCUUGGAUUGGCUUACGGAAAAGACAGAACUUUUCCAGCUAGCACUGAAAGCAUUCAGAUAUACUGUGAAACUAAUGAUUGAUAAAGCAAGUUUAGGUCCAAUAGAAGACUUCAGAGAGCUGAUUAACUGCCUUGAUGAAUAUGAAAGUGACUGGUACGUUGGUUUGGUAUCUGAUGAAAAAUGGAAGGAAGCAGUUUUAGAAGAAAAGCCAUACUUGUUUUCUCUGGGGUAUGAGCCUAAUAUGGGAGUUUACACUGGGAGAGUACUAACCCUUCAAGAAUUAUUGAUCCAAGUUGGGAAAUUAAAUGCUGAAGCCGUUAGAGGACAGUGGGCCAAUCUUUCAUGGGAAUUGCUUUAUGCCACAAAUGAUGAUGAGGAACGUUACAGUAUACAAGCUCAACCACUUCUUUUAAGAAACCUUACAGUUCAAGCAGCUGAUCCUCCCCUGGGAUAUCCAAUUUAUUCUUCAAAACCUCUCCAUAUACAUUUGUAUUAGAGACCAUUUCGACUUGUAAAUGUAAUGUCUUCAAAUGAGAUAUUUUUUCAUCCUAGAUAUUUUUCAUCCUGUAACCUCACUGAACUAUUUUUCACCUCAAGUCAGAUGCCUAAGAAAAGCUAAGCAACAUAAAAUUAAUCUUUUUGCCAUCUUAUGGGUUAAAAAAAAUUUUUUUUAUGUUUUACAUAAAAAUUAGAACUAGUUGGCCAAUAUUUGUGCCUUUGGACUAUGGUAUGGUAGACUUUGAGAAAUAUGAUAAAACAUUUGUAUAAGAUAAGAUAGUGAAUUUUGUAUAUGCUUUCUUAAAUGUGUAUAGGUGAUUCACAUUGCAAAAGUCAACAGCUGUGUCAUCUUUACAUAGAGAUAUGCAUAUCAGUGUUUUUAAGUAAUGAUAAUGAAUCCUAUUGAAG